UUCUUUUGCUGUUGAGGCAGCUUCCGCAGAACCUUCUCCCACUGUUUGUGCCCCUCUGCCGAGCUGGGAUGUGCCCUGGGUACUGGUGCUGUUGUUCACAGUAGGCCAAGGGGUCACCAUCAUAGCCCUCGGCAUAGUGAUCUGGAGGCAGCGGAGGACCCAGGGGUCUCAGGACAGAGAACCUUCAAUUCCUCAUUUCAAACCUGAAGUCCAGGUCUAUGAGAACAUCCACUUGGCCCACCUAAGCCCACCCACCCACAAGACCAGGUGACCUUGGAGACAUCUGCCUCAAAAAGCCUGACCUACAGUUCUGUGUCACUGGCCACUGGCGCCUGAAGGAUUCCUCGGAAACCUUGGCGAAGGGGUGGCUGAGGGUGUGACUCCUACCAGGCUUCCAACAGCCACCAAGCUGGAGGGGCCAGGGACAACAUAAGAAAGGGAGUAACAUCAUUGUGUGAUGUCACCUACAAAAAAAGGACACCGCAUGAGGUGCUAUGACUGCGGUGGAGGCCCCAGCAACUCCUGCAAGCAGACAGUGGUCACCUGCGGUGAGGGUGAGCGCUGCGGCUUCCUGGACCGCAAACCUCAACCCAGCUCGGAACAAGUCAAGCAAUCCUCCGGGACCUUGAGCCAUCACUACCAAGCCUGCGUGGCCACCCACCAUUGCAAUCAAGUGGCCAUAGAGUCAGUGGGAGACGUGACUUUCACAACCCAGAAAAACUGCUGCUUCGGAGAUCUGUGCAACAGCGCCGUGGCAAGCUCCAUGACCCCGCUGUGCUUCUUGGCUGCAGUUGCUACCACCCUGGCCUGGCUCUUGCCAGGACUGUAGAGCGGGAGAGUGGGACUAAGGGCAGGGAAAGGACUGAGGGAUCAAGGGAGUGAGGGAGCUGGACAUCCAAGGUAAGAAGACAAGCACUCCAUUGUGUGCUGUUAAAACUGAUGGACUAUUCUAGAGAGGACUGUAAAAUUAUUUGUUUUUCAUUCUUUGAGUUGAGGUGCUGGGAUUAAAGGCAUGAGCCACCACUACC